GGGGCGCUGACUCGCUUCUGAGGUGAGGAGGAGAGCCACCACAGAAGAAGAAGAGCAGCAGGAAGAAGAAGAAAGUGUGAACUUGAUGCUCCACGCGAGGAUUUGUUGAUCAGAUGGAAGGCCAGUCAGGUGACAUACCAGUGACCCCAGCAAACAGGAAGUGCUCUGCUGUCACAGGAAGUGCCCGGAAAAUCAAAGACAACGCAGCUGACUGGCACAACCUGAUGCUGAGGUGGGAAAAACUCAACGACGAAGGAUUCAAGGUGGCAGGAAACAUCGUCGACAUCAGACUGACACAUUCUCAGAGCGAUCAGCUGCUGCUGGUGGACGAGUCCUCAUCAGCUUCAUCAUCUUCAUCAGCUUCAUCAGCUUCGUUGCAGCAGACAGGAGGAGCUACAGAGCUGCAGGACGAAUGCUGCAAGCUGCAGGACAUCAUUGACAAAAUGGCCAUCGUGGUGACAAAGAUGGAGCGUCUGAUGACAUCACAGCAAGGUGUUCAGGAUCUGGAGGAGUUUCAGUUCGGACUUGAAGGAAGAAAACUUCCUCUGUUUCACAGCUGGAACACCAAAGACUUCAACGAGUCGUCUCGUGUCCUGUUGGACUCCUUCAGUCAGGAGCUGAAGUUGAAGCAGACAAUCCUGCAGGAACUCGCCCACACUGCGACCUCUGACCUCUGCAUGGUCUAUCUGUCCUGCUGGCUGCACCAGCCCUUCAUCCCCCCCCAGGCCAGACUGACCCUGGAGGCUCUGCUUCUGGAGACUGGGCACCGCCCCCUCUGAUGUCAUCAGACUGAAACACGAGCAGAAGUUGGCUGUACUUCCUGAGGCUGCAGGUGAACUCAGGAUCCGCUGAUGGACUGUAACAUGAUGGAUGAUGUUGGACAUAUGAGCAGAGCGUCUGUCAGUGCUCUUCAGGUCUGUUCCUGAGCAGCUCAGGUCUCUGAGGCCUGACUUUGUCUUCAGUUACAAACAGUAACACUAGUACUGUUGUAAUAUACACUGAAGUGGAAAUACAAAUAUAUCUCUGUGAGAGUUCAAAAUAUCCUUACAAAGAGGACGCAGAGCAACCUAGAAGUAUUUCCAGGAUAUGUCGAAUGCAAAUUAAUAAAGAACAUGUAGUGAUGGAAUACAAAGCCUAAUGCAAAGUAAUGCAAAAGCAAUGGGAGGUAACAUGUACGUAAUUCAUAAAGUCCCACAAUGCAGCUCCUCUCUGGCGACAGCCGAGGCCGGAUUGGAGACAUUGGCUACGGUUACAUGAUGGCUUCUCAUUUGGAAUGAAAUAAAUCUGAAUGAAA